AUGUCUAUCCAUACUUCCACCACUGAGAUUUCUCGGGCAAUUGAUAGAACCUUUGAUGUUGACGCUUUCCCACCUGCUGAGAACGUUGACGAAGAGAAGUUCUUCCUCACGAAUCCGAGGCCUGAAUACCUUGACGAUCUCGUAUCACAGGCAAACGACUUUAUCCAGCUACAGCUAUCCAAGGGCCGCAAACGAGUAGUUCUGGUCACCUCUGGUGGCACCACAGUUCCUUUGGAAAACAAUACGGUGAGAUUCAUUGAUAACUUUUCUGCAGGAACGAGGGGAGCUUCAAGCGCAGAACAGUUUCUGUAUCAGGGUUACUCUGUCAUAUUCCUUCAUCGUGAGUUCUCUUUGACUCCGUUCAAUCGUAAUUUCACGCACAACAGUGACGUCUGUUUUCUGGAUUACUAUGACGAAAAUGGCGAUCUCCAUCCUAGCUACAAAGAGAAGCUUCUAGAAAGCAAAAGACUGUUUGACAAGUACAUGCAUAGGGAUCAGAAACUACUGCUUCUUCCCUUUACCACUGUCAAUCAGUAUCUGUGGUCUUUGAAAGGCGUAGGGAAGCUGCUCAAUAGUAGCGAGAGCUUAUUUUAUCUGGCUGCCGCGGUCAGCGAUUUUUUUGUCCCACAUUCAAGACUACCUGAGCACAAAAUACAAUCCCGUGAAGCUGAUCAGCAUGAGACUACUAAACAUCAUGGUCCAGGGGACGGUAAAUUGAUUAUCGACCUGGAUCCCGUGCCCAAAUUCCUCAGAAGGCUAGUGGCAUCAUGGGCAGACGAAGCCAUGAUUGUUUCGUUCAAGCUCGAAACAGAUCUUAACCUCUUAAUCAACAAGGCUACGCAAGCACUCGAUCGUUAUCGUCAUCAGCUCGUAAUAGGAAACCUGCUUCAGACAAGAAAUAAGGAAGUUGUAUUUGUCUCUGAGAAGAAUCGGAGUGGCUCGUGGGUCAAGCUCAACGGAAAAUCCGGUGUCAUUGAGGAGCAAAUAAUACCAGAGGUAAUCAAACAUCAUAAUGAUUGGGUCGCACACCAGUAA